AAGUUACAAUCCUGACUUCUUGAAGAGGAUUUCGGCAGAAUCUACCCAGUAAGACGGUCAUCAUGCUCAACGAUGACCAGGUUUCGACAAGGACAAGACGUGGUUACACCGAGUGCGCCAGAACCUUGCAUGCGCCGAGCGGCUAUCGACCCAAUCAUGGAGAAAACGAUGAGUUAGAGACCCGCAGGACUUGGGUAUUAGUUUCGUCCCCGCCAACUCCCCAUCGUGUACCACCCACCACCAGAUCUUUGUACUACCCACCACAAGAUCUUGUACGACUUUGUGAUAGAUCAUGGCAGCGAACGGACGAUAUGCGAUCGGAUGGAUAUGCGCGGUGGCCACGGAAUUCGUUGCUGCGCGACUAGUCCUGGACGCGGAGCAUGGGCAGCCGCAGUAUCUUGCACCAUGCGAUACGAAUCAGUAUUGUCUCGGUAGCAUUGGUGAUCACAACGUCGUGAUUACCGUACUCCCGGAGGCUAGAUACAGACAUGGAACGUCAGCAGCUGCCACGGUAGUGACCAACAUGCUGAACAGCUUCCCAAAUGUACGGAUUGGUCUGGCAGUGGGCCUUGGCGUCGGAGCUUCCAAUGAGACGAAAGACAUACGACUGGGCGAUAUAGUGGUCAGCACUUCCCGCGCUGACGAGAAUGGCGACUUACACUAUGAUUGUGGCAAGUUCUUGCAGAACAAGCCUUUUGAGCGUGCACGCAUGCUACAUCGGUCGCCAACGGUGCUUCGCACAGCAAUCGCGGGCUUGCGAGCUGAUCAUGAGAUCAACGGGCACCUUAUCGAGGAAGUCAUUGAAGAUACCUUGACAAAAUACAGUAACUUGAGGAGAAAGUAUGGCAGGCCUUCAGAAGAAUCUGAGUCUCACCACAUUCGCCCCGACCACUGCACCGAAGGUUGCGCCUUGCCCACCGGGGACGGUUUCCUCACAAGUCCGGACCGCGAUGAGGAUGACCGGAUCAUGAUUCAUUAUGGUACCAUCAACUCAUCUAACCGCCUCAUGAGGGAUGCAAAGACAAGAGAUCGAGUAUCGACAGAGGAGAACAUCUUGUGUUUCGAGAAGGAAGCAGCACUGCUGAUGGAUCUCUUGCCCUGUGUCGCGAUAAGGGGUAUUUGCGGUUACUCGAACUCUCCCCCAAAUCAAGACUGGCAGAGGUAUGCGGCACUGGUCGCGGCAGCCUAUGCGAAGGAACUGUUGCUUGUGAUGGUGCCGAGGAGUGUGGAGGGCGAGGAUAGAGCACAGAGACAUUGACUCAUGCGCUUAUGCGUACACGAUGAGUCGAGAAUCGGGGAAUACUGUGGAUUACGGCAUGGAGUGGGAGCAAGAUAUAUAUCAUCGAAACUGUUACAAGACAAAUUAGGUGCAUAGCAAAGCAACCUUCGCCCUGACGAAAGAGUAGUCAGGGGAGGUGGCUUCUUGACUCUAUGGGGUAACAAGUGGACACCUG